AUGAAUAACAGUAGAUCAAAGUUAUUGGUGGAUAUUGCUAACUCCAGAAAUAAAAUUUUAUGCGUUUCUGAAGCACAAGAUUUAAUUGAUUAUAUCGAUGAAGCUAAUGAAGAGACACGUGUAUGUACCAAAAAAGAUAUUUCAAUGGAUCUUGAGGAUCGGCCUUUGAAAGUUUCUAACGACGAAAGACAAGUUGCCGAAGCACAUAGUGAUGGAGAGCAAAAUCAUACAUCAGCUGAUAUACUAUCGCAAAGUGAUUUAAAUUAUAUAAUCGAUACGGUAGGGGAAAUUUCGAAUGAUGGAAUUGACCUUAACAUGCCCAUUUGUGAAAAUGAAACACCACAACCGAUACCUGAAAAUGAUAAUAAUGAAGAAUCUUUGGUUUCAACUCCCAUGCCAAGUCCAUGCAUGACCUUUGGAGACACUGUAAAUGAAUGUAACUGUUUAAGCGAAAGUUCUGUUAUCCUAUCUGAUGAAACCUUAAGAUCAAGCCCGUUAGGAUCCAGUGAAAUGUCUGGUUCAUCAACACCGCACCAACGAAAAAAAAAGCGUCAGUAUGUAAAAAAAGCAAUAACAAGGAACAGAAUUACUAACAAAUCUAACUGGCUAGAUGAAAAAAGAAAGGUGCUUGUCAAUUUAGGCGAAGCUCAUAAAUCUCGAUCCGGAAAACAACAAAUGGCAAAACAAAUAAAGGGUCCAUGUCCAUCUACAUGUCGCUUAAAAUGUUUUGAAAAGUUUGAUGUGGUAGCUCGCCAAAAUAUAUUCAAAACCUUUUGGAAUCUAGGUGAUCAUUCUCGUCAGUGGUCUUUUAUUGCGUCACAUGUGAAAGAAAUAAGAAAAAAACAAUGGACACAGGAUUCCAAGAGGUUAAAUGUUUAUAAGUUUUUUUUGCCGCUUUUGUCUGGUAUUGGCAUUAAAGAGAAGAUUAUGGUAUGCAAAUCCAUGUUUAAAAAUACAUUUUCAAUAAGUAACACUUUUAUACAAUCUGCCAUCGACAAGCAUGAUAAAAAUAUGGGUAUGAGGGGUUUUCAUCAAAAUCACCCAACUAUUAUAAAUGCUACAAUGAAAGAAAAUGUAAUUCAACAUGUAAAAUGUUUUGCGCCCAUAGAAAGUCAUUAUACGCGCAAAGACUCAAAUAAACAGUACUUAGAUAGUGAAUUGACGUUUAAAAAAAUGUACGACCUGUAUACUGUAUGGUGUAAAGAGCUGAAUAUAACUGAAAAUAUAGCUACUUCUGUAAGACAAUACAAAGAUAUUAUUAACAAAGAACUAAAUAUAGCUUUUCACUUACCUAAGAAAGACCAAUGCGACCUGUGUCACGCAAUGAAAAACAACACCUCGCCAACCAAUGAUGAUAAACUGAAGCAUAAGUCACACAUGGAUAACAAAAAACUUGCCAGGGAAUUAAAACACGUUGAUAAAAUUGAAGCUCAUUCGAAUCCUUCUGAUAUUUGCACAGCGAUGUUUGACUUCCAAAAAAUAAAUAACACUCCACAUGGCGAAAUUAGUGUGCUGUAUUACAAAAGGAAACUAUCAGUAUAUAAUUUUACCAUUUUCGAUGCUGGGUUAAAGGAGGCUACGUGUUACAUGUGGGAUGAAACAGUUGCUAAACGUGGCGCGAAUGAAGUGUCUAGUUGUUUGUUUUCUUUCAUUAACAACAAGGUUAAAGCUGGCGUUAAAGAUUUUAGAUUCUGGUCGGACAACUGUGCCGGUCAGAAUCGCAAUCAAAUUGUUUUUUUUAUGUACUUGUAUGUAAGCAAUACAUUUAAGGUAGAUGUGUGCCAUAGAUUCUUGGAAAAAGGGCAUACUCAAAACGAGGCAGAUAGCGUUCACGCAUUAAUAGAGCGUUCUUCAAAAAAUAAACUUAUUUACACCCCAGAUGAAUGGUACACACUGGUUCGUUGGGCGAAACAGAAUAGUCCACCUUACACAGUCGUAGAAGUGAACCAAGACUUGGUUCUGGAUUUCAAAGCGUGGCUACAUACUAAAAACUGGAUAAAAGAUACAAAUUUAGAGAAAAUUUCUUGGAAUAUGAUAAGAGAAGUAAAAGUGCAAAGGAAUAAUUCAGAUAUUAUUGAAUUUAAAGGGAGAAAAAAGAAGGAGAAAGGAGUAAUACUAGAGAAGGUGUACAAUAAUCCUAUUCCUAUCACUGAAGUGAAAUAUAGAGACUUGAUUAGUUUAUGCGAUACGAUGAUUAUCCCAAAAAAGUAUCAUACAUUCUAUAAUAACCUCAAGCAUAGUAAGGAAGAACAAGGUAAUGACGAAGAAGAUUGUUAA